CGACUGUUGGCUGAAGCCGUCAUGAUGGCCCUCGCCCACCUCCUUCCCGGCGGUUCGCUCGCUGGGCCAACGUCGUUCGAUCUGCUCGUCGUUGGUGGUGGCUCCGCGGGCCUGACGGCUGCCAAGUUCGCAGCUCGCUUUGGCAAGAGUGUUGCUCUGAUCGAGCGAGAGCGGCUCGGUGGCGACUGCACGUGGACAGGCUGCGUGCCGUCCAAGACGCUCCUCGCGUCGGCGGAGCGGGCCCACGCCCUGCGAACGGCGGCCGAGUUCGGCGUGGCGCAGCCGGCGACCGUAUCUGUCGACAUGGCUGCAGUCAAGGCUCGGAUCGGCCGCACCAUCGGCCAGAUCUACGAUGCAGACGACUCGCCCGAGGCGUUGCGCGCGCUGGGUAUCGAGACGGUGAGUGGCGCGGCGACACUCGUCGACGCUCGGCGUGUCUCGGUCAGCAGUGGCGGCGGUGGCACUGCCACCGUCUACGAGGCCACCAAGGGCGUCGUUCUGGCGACGGGUGCUCGGCCCCGCCCGCUCGACAUCCGCGGCAUCGCUUCCGUGCCUCACCUCACCUACGAAGGCAUCUUCAGCCUCGACACUCACCCUGACCCUGACCUGACCCUGACCCUAACCCUAAGCUACGAAGGCAUCUUCAGCCUCGACACGCUGCCAGAGAGGCUCACGGUCGUCGGAGGAGGCCCGGUCGGGUGCGAGCUUGCCCAGGCCUUCGCGCGGCUCGGCUCGUCGGUGACCCUCGUCGCGCCUCGCCUCCUGCCCGGACACGAGCCCGAGGCGUCGGACGACCUCGCCGCGGCGCUGCGUGCGGACGGCGUGGCGCUGGUCGCCGCGCGUGCCGCGGCAGUGGAGGCGCGCGCGGGAGGCGGGCACGCCCUCACUUGCUCGGACGGCAGCGUGGUCGAGGGGACGGCCCUCCUCUCGGCCGUCGGCAGAGUGCCCGUCACCGAAGGUUUGGGCCUCUCUGCCCUCGGCGUCGAGCUCAGCGCCGCCACGGGAGGCAUCGCUGUCGACGCUAAGCUGCGCACGACCGUCAAGGGCGUCUACGCCGCCGGCGACUGCACCGGCGACCAGCAGUACACGCACUACGCCGGCUUCCAGGGCGCCAUCGCCGCGCGCAACAUCCUGCUGCCGCUCAGCGACCAAGGCGUGGCCACCAGCCGCGUGCCUGGCUGCGUCUUCACCUCGCCCGAGGUUGCGAAGGUGGGGCUCACCGAGUCGGAGGCGCGGGCGGAGGGCAAGGCGGGCGGCGUGGCGGUGGCGUACCGGCGGAUGGGGCAGGUGGACCGCGCCGUCACGAUGGGCGAGGCCUCGCUCGGCUUCCUCAAGGUUGUGUACGAGCCAAGGUCGGGCGCCAUCCUCGGCGCCACCGUGAUGGGCCCCUCUGCCGGCGAGCUCAUCUCUGAGAUAUCGGUCGCGAUGGCGGGGAAGGUCAAGCUGCCCGCCCUCGCCUCGAUCAUGCACGCGUACCCCACCGUCUCGAUCGCCCUCCAGCAGCUCGCGGCGGAGGUGUACUACAACCAGCUCGAGGCGAGCAUGCCGCUCUACAACGCCCUGUCCAGGCUGGGGCUGUGAGUCACUGACGGCCUCUCUAUUGACUAUCGUCUCAGCUAGAUGAUUGUGAGACGAUUCGCGUUACGUCGUGUACGUGUUAGUACUCGCUCAGGACCCUCAGCAUACAGUACGUAGAGCCGUACGGCUCUCUAAGACGUCGGACACGGAGCGCUGCGAGUUCUCUCUCUAUAUAUAACGAUCUCGUGGAGAUACAGCAU